ACCAUUAACUGGAAGAAAAGGCUGGAGAGACCCUGGGCCCUGCUGAUCCCAGCAGGUUGGCACCGCUAGUCUCCCCAUCCAGGUGUAGCGUCCUCGUGGUUCCCCCAUCAGAUCCGGCAUCCCUGACAAAUAGCUUCAAGCCUAAGAUGGGGUUCGCUUGCACCUGCAUCCGCGCUCUCAUCUCUCUCUGCCUCUGCUUCUGCUUCUGCUUCUGUUGUUGUACAUGGCCUUUUACUUACCGUUCAAAUAAACUUGAAUAUCAUGACCGCGCAUUCUUGCUGAAAAUUAUAUCAAGCGCGCUUCAAUUGUGUAACCCUCAACAUACAUGGCCUGUCAAUGAACACGAAUGCCUUGAAACACUGUAUACUCUGGUAACACCGACAGUGCAAACAUCAGAAGCGUUACAAACAUCACUAUCGGUAGCCCCCUACACUUGCCACGGUCCAAGGGUAAGAUCAGAAGUAGAGCGAAUAAGCACGGCUUGAACCCGGGUUGGCGCUUUGUUCAAUAAGUUUCGUAGAAGACCGCAGAGGAAAGGCUACAGGAGCGGUUGAUACGAAAUAUACAACAAGUCACAACUUUCAUGGAGGCC